AUGUCUACUCUUACUCUUCAGGAUGAUGACCUUUUUAUGGUUCGUUACUCUUGGUCAAACUUACAGCUCAAGAAUAAAGAUGGACAGAAUAGGUUUAUGAACAAACUUUUCGCUAAUAUGAUAAUUGCGAACCCAAAGCUUCAUUCUUUGUUCAAUACAGAAGAAGUUGUUCGUGAACAAGCUAAAUUAUUUGGUGAAAUGGUGUCGUUUACAAUGGCCUAUCUUGAUGAUACUCCAGUAUUACACGAUUGUAUGUCACAGUUUGUGAAAGAAAAUCCAAGUAUAAUUAACUUAGGUAUCAACUACAUUGAACCUUUGGGAAUAUCUUUGAUUCAAACUUUCCAUCAAACCUUGGGUAAGGGAAAAUUCUCACCACAAUUAGAAGGUUUAUGGGUGAAGGUAUACUUAUAUUUGGCUAAUUCUUUGUUACAGAGUUCAAAUGAUAGUGAUUCACAAUCAUUGAUUAGUGUGGAACUGGAAGAGGAAGUAGUUACUUCAGAGGACGAUAGGAACCCUUACGACAAUUUCAAUACCGAAAAUAUGAGUUAUGGCAAGGUGAAUAAAGACUCUGGAAGCAAAAACAAUUUGAAUUUCGGACCAGUCAAAGUUAAAUUUCAGCUUUCUAGUAAUGAGAAGUACAAGGGAUUCAGAAGAAGUGUUAAUGAGGCCCCAGAUACUGAAUUGGAAGCUUCUAUUCCAGCAAAUGCAGUUCCAAAGAACAAGUAUCUGGUUUCUAAUAUCAUUGCUCCACAGCCUACGUUUUCUAAAGCGCCUCUUACACCAGUCUCCUCGUCUAGUCCUCCACCUUCUGUGAACUCGGCUAACUUUGACCCAAGAAAAAUAAGAAGAAACUCAAAGCAACCACUGAGAGACGAUUAUGAGACUUUACCUGCUAAGAAUCCUAGAAGAAUGAAUUCUACAGCUUCUAGUAUUAGCGACCAACCACCAAGAAGAAUGCUGUUCGACCGUAAAGAACUUCCAACGCCUCCUCUGGAAACAAUUGAUAUGUUGUCUUCAGCUGUUGAAGACUUCUCUUCAUCUUCUGAAGAGGUUGAAUCAGAAGAGGAACCAGUCAUUCUUGCUCCAGUUAUCAAUAGUUUACCAAAGGAUCCAAGAAGACUUCAAUUCAAAAGAGAAAUCCCUGCUAAUCUUGGAGAUUCUGAAUCUGAUGAAGAGCUCAAGGCACCUGAGAAGCCUUUCGACCCAAGAAGACUUCGUAGAAGACCAACAUCUCAGUCGCCAGCUUUUACACCAGAAGAAAGUGAAGCUGAACAAGAGCAACAGCAAGAUGCUGAAUCUGUAUAUUCGGGUACUGCUCCAUUGUUCUCUUCGAAGUCAGCCUCAAGCACUACAGUUGGAAGGAAACAAGCUCCAAGAGUCGUUUCUUCGACUGCUCCAAUGGUUGUUAGUUAUCCUUUAAGGAGACAAGUCUUUACUGAAGAAGAGGACGAUGAUGAUCUGUCACUCAUGAAUGAAUUGUUACAAAUCACAACCCAAUCUCAAAACAACGGUCAAGCUCCUUCUCGUAGCGUUAGCAGAGAAAAUCCAUAUGCAAAGGGAUUGGCUCCUAUCAGAGAGGCUGAUUUUGACGAUGACACUUCUUCUAAGUAUGACAGUGAUAACGAGAAUAGCGACCAUUCUUCAUCCACUUAUGAAAGAUCUGGAAGUCAAGAUGAAGUCUCUUCUGGUGUCUCUACCUUAUCUUUACAUAAUUCCGAUUACAGGUCCUCCAUUUCUUCAGGUAACUCUUCACCAAACUUUUCACCAAUUGAAAAUUCCAAAUCAUUCCAGCAACAACAACAACAACACACACAUAGAGCAAGACAGCUUUCACAAUCCAGCGAAAUAAGUUACAUGAAGCCACUUGAUAUCCCAGAACCAAGAACCACUUACGUUAAGAACCAAACUUCUUACAGAGUUUCUGCAGGUUUUAUGAGAAGUAGUUUUGUUUUACAAAACAUGGCUCAAAAGCAGUCAAAUUCUACUCAAGCUCCAGUACAAAGAGCAGCACCAGCACCAGUAGUUGUCGCAGCUCCAAAGCAAGUCUCCGCACCAAGGGCUCCAUCAAGCAGAGUACCAUCGAUACCAAUACCUGCUUCAAUUGAAGAAGAAAUUGAGGAAGAAACCACUCAAGAGAAGGAUACUGGUAUUCAAUCUAGAGUGGAAUCUGACUCUGACUCAGAUGAUGAUUGUCUUGAUUUAAUUAACCUGUUUGUUCCAGUUCCAACUAAGAAGCAAACGAAAGCAACAAAGCCAUAUGUAACUCAACCAAGAUCUCACCCACAACUUCAAAAAUCUAGAACAAAGUCUAGUCCACAGUUGCAACAAGCUCCUGUAAAGAGUGUCAACACUAAUUCUCCAAUCGUUCUCGCAUGUGAUAAAGGUGAAAAGAGAUCACUCAGAGAAAGACUUGGAUUCUCCAGAUCUGGUUCUAAGCCAAGUUCUAGAGCAAAUUCAUUUACCAGUGCCAGCUUCACCAUGAGUCAUAACACUAUGCUGACUUCGGACUUGGUUUCCGUCGCAUCAAAUGAUUCUGCUGAAUCUACAUUUUCGGGUUUCUCAUUCUUUAGUAGUCAACCAAGUGAUGGGAACCGUAAUAGACGCGCACUGAUGGACACUAGGAGAAGACUGAUUGAUGUUAGAGUUCCAAAAAUACCAGGAGCAGCAAAGUAUAACAAGAUCAAGGCUGGAAAGUUCCAAAUGUUUGGAGCUGCAAUCUAA